AUGGAAAGAAUAAAUGAAACUGCAGUGAUCAAAGUGACUGAAUUCAUUUUCAUGGGUGUCACAGAUCGUCCAGAGUUACAGGUCCCUCUUUUUCUGGUGUUCCUUUUCACCUACUCUGUCACAGUGGUGGCAAACCUUGGUAUGGCCAUCCUGACUAAGAUUGAUUCCCACCUGCAAACUCCCAUGUACUUUUUCCUCAGGCAUCUGUCACUCAUUGAUCUUGGUUAUUCCACAGCCAUUGGCCCCAAAAUGUUGGUCAGUUUUGUAGUGGAGAAAAAUGUAAUUUCUUACAUUGAGUGUGCAAUACAGCUAUUUGUCUUUGUGACAUUAAUCAUCAGUGAACUUUUUGUGUUGUCAGCCAUGGCCUAUGACCGCUAUGUGGCUAUUUGUAAACCCCUGCUCUACACAGUCAUCAUGUCAGACAGAGUGUGUUGUAUGCUUGUGGCUAUCCCCUACCUCUAUAGCACCUUUGUUUCCUUGCUGAUUGCAAUUAAGAUUUUUAAUUCAUCCUUUUGUAAAUCUAAUAUAAUUAGGCAUUUCUACUGUGACAAUCUCCCAUUGUUGUCCAUGAUUUGUUCUAAUACCAGGGACAUAGAAUUAAUAAUUUUGACCCUUUCUGCUUUUAAUCUAUUCUCCUCCCUGCUGGUUGUCCUUGUUUCAUAUAUGUUUAUUCUUGUGGCCAUCCUCAGGAUGAACUCUGCUGAAGGAAGGAAGAAAGCCUUUUCCACCUGUGGUUCCCACUUCACAGUGUUAGUUGUGUUCUAUGGCACUCUAAUCUUCAUGUAUUUGCAGCCCAAAUCUAGCCAUUCCUUUGAUACAGACAAGAUGGCCUCGAUAUUUUACACCCUUGUGAUACCCAUGCUCAACCCUUUGAUCUAUAGCUUGAGAAAUACAGAAGUGAAAGCUGCCUUGAAAAGAACGGGUCUCCUAUAA